CUUUCUCCCACUAGACCCGUCGAAGCUUCGACCACGCGGGCCCAAGCCCUCACACGACACCAGAGGCAAACGAUGACACUGGAGGCCAGCUCUUCUUCUCCUCUUCCCUGUGUGCGGCCAAGCCUUCUUCUUCCCUGCGUGAGACCAGCUAGCUCCGGCCGGUUCAACAACGACGGUUUCGGUCUAAGAACAUUGGAAGGGUUUGAUUACGAAUCUAUUUUGGGGCAGUGCUGCGAAAUGCCUGUUGGGUACGUCCAGAUUCCGGUGGGGAUCGCGGGUCCGUUGUUGCUCGAUGGGUUCGAGUAUUCGGUGCCGAUGGCGACUACAGAGGGUUAUUUGAUUGCGAGUACAAACAGAGGUUGCAAGGCUAUCCAUUUGUCUGGUGGGGCUACCAGCAUGUUGUUGAGGGACGGCAUGACCAAAGCACCGGUUGUGAGGUUUAAUUCCGCCAAGAGAGCUUCCGAGUUGAAGUUCUUCUUGGAGGACCCUGAAAAUUUCGAGACAUUUUCCAUCAUCUUUAACAGGUCUAGUAGAUUUGCCAGGCUCCAGGGUAUUCAGUGCGCGAUUGCUGGAAAGAAUGUGUAUAUCAGAUUUACCUGCAGCACGGGAGACGCCAUGGGGAUGAACAUGGUUUCAAAAGGAGUUCAAAAUGUUCUUGAUUUCCUUCAAAACGACUUUGAUGACAUGGAUGUUAUUGGCAUAUCUGAACAAUCCAGCUGGAAUGAAGAACUGACUUUCUCCCUCAAAGAACCUAAUGGAGUUUUGAAUUUGGUAAGUUCCUAAGAUUUUGAAUUUGUAGCUAUCCAAAUCUGCCACAUAGUUUCAAUUUCAAGAUAUAAUUUAGUUUGGCACUCAUCUCUGCUAUGUUAAAUCCUGAAAUUGUAUUUUGUUUAGCCAUUCUGAAGUUGCAUAUUGUUCAAGUCUUUACAUAACUAUGUUUUAGAUGGACGUCAAUUGUGUACAAACUUAUUUUUCUUG